AUGUACUUCGUUACUGUUAGGAAGGACGCAGCAGAGUAUUGCAGCAAUGCAAGGGCCCUAGCACUAAGACUGCUUGAAGCCAUAUCAGAGAGCUUGGGCCUGGAGAGAAAUUACAUAAAUAAACAACUAGGAAGGCAUGGGCAACACAUGGCCAUAAAUUAUUAUCCACCAUGUCCAGAGCCUGACUUGACUUAUGGAUUGCCAGGCCAUACUGAUGUUAAUUUAAUCACAAUUCUUCUUCAAGAUAAUGUGCCAGGAUUGCAGGUUCUCAGAAAUGGAAAAUGGAUGGCCAUCGACCCUAUUCCCAAUACAUUCAUUGUCAACAUUGGUGACCAAAUGCAGGUACUUAGCAACAAUCGGUACAAGAGUGUUAUUCAUCGAGCUGUUGUCAACUGCAACAGACAACGAAUCUCGAUUCCCACAUUUUACUGUCCAUCACCCGAAGCUGUGAUAGGACCUGCUCCGCUAUUGGUUGACAAUGAUCACCCAGCAGUCUACAGAAAUUUCACCUACCAGGAAUACUUUGAAAAAUUUUGGAACAGUGCAACCCAAAGCUGCUUGGAUGUGUUCCUCAACUCUUCUCACUGAGCACAACUUUUUAGGACAAUCACACACGUGUGCUUGCUAAAUGAACGAAUGAUCUUUAACGUACGCAGAUUACUAAAUAAUAUUUCUCACAUUAAUCAUGUAACAGACCAUUAAAACAAAUUAAAAUUGUGUAUGUGAUUUCUGU